CCGUCAAGACAGAAAUCAAAGCCGCCGAUGCGAAGAAGGUCCCGGCAAAAUCAUCGACAGCCGAGCCGAGUCGCCCCAGGAGCGCCCCAGCGUCCACCACCUCUUCUCCUGCACCGUUGGGAUCCGCAGCCGCCCGCCCCAAGGCGAAACCCGCGGCUUCCAAGCCUCCGGGGACGGCAGGCGUCGCGGCCGAAGCCAAGAAGACACCAUUGGCGCCCAAGGCUCUUCCCAAAACCAGCUCGGUCUCCAAGCCUUCACGGCCUUCGACUAGCAUCUCCGUUCCGGAUCUGAAGAACGUCCGCUCCAAAAUCGGUUCCACGGAUAACAUCAAAUAUCAGCCGGGCGGAGGAAAGGCCAAAAUAGAGACAAAAUCCAGUGUGGCUUCUCGAAACUCCGAGUCCAACUUGGUAUCCAAAACCUCUCCCAAUAAAACAGCCGUUUCUAAAGAAGGGCUUGCAAAGUCACCCAACGGGAAAGUCCAGAUACUGUCCCAAAAAGCGAACUACAGCCACGUCCAGUCCAAAUGUGGAUCCAAGGACAAUAUUAAGCAUGUCCCUGGAGGUGGGAAUGUGCAGAUCCAGAACAAGAAAAUUGACCUUUCCAAGGUGUCUUCCAAGUGCGGUUCCAAGGCCAACAUCAAGCAUAAGCCAGGCGGGGGAGACGUGAAGAUCGAGAACCAGAAGUUGAACUUUAAGGAGAAGGCUCAAGCUAAGGUGGGCUCUCUGGACAACGUCGGGCACGUGCCAGCUGGAGGCACCGUGAAGACUGAGGGGGGCAAGGAGGCCGCCCCAGAGAACGGAGCGCCCCAAUCAGGCAGCAGUGCCCCGCAGGAGAAUGGCGCAGGGCCGCUCGAGCCCGCGCAGGGCAAUGGUGAUCAAAGGGAAAUUCAGUGCUUCGAUACUCACAUACAAGAGACAAAUUGAAUCCCACAAGCUGACCUUCCGUGAGAACGCCAAGGCUCGCACGGACCACGGGGCGGAUUUCGCAGUCUGCGCCGGCAGUCCCUCCACUUCCCCACCACUGAGCACUUCUUUCAGCGACAGCCCGGGCACCGCUGCCGCCGCCAACGCCGCCGUGUCCUCCUUGCCCCCGCGGCUGCCCUGGCGGGCUCCCCUCGCAGAAGACACCUCUGCCGCGCUCUCUCGGCCAGGCUUGUGACUUGCUUUCCUGCCCUUGUACCCAACCCCAGACCCCAAAUAUCCCCCCAGUUCCUCAGCUUGCCUCCCUUAAUCUGGUGCCACCCACAUGCCCACGGGCUUCAGUGGGGCUCCAGUUAGUGGUUUGUCCAUUGAUCCUUUGCGCAAGUCUUGGAUGGGAUGGGACGGGCAGGGGGGUCUUGCUGACCUCCGUGCCUCCCAGACCUCGUUUCAAUUCUUGCUUAUUUGGAUGCCAGGAUCAAAGUGCAAAAUACGAAUUUGGCUUUGAGCCCUUUGGAAAUAUUGGAUUGUUUUCGGAAACCCCGCUCGAGACACCGAGGAAGGGUUCAAAGGCCAAUGAGAGUUAAAGGGGGCAAGCUUUCUUCCCUCCUCUUUCCGACUUCCUCCCACCCCCAUGGAUCUCCUCUGCACCCUGUUUAGCGCUGACCCGUUACUCUCGCACAUAACGUCAUGCUCAUUAGCAUACCUUGCAAACAAUGCCGUAAUCUUUUUUUUUUUUAAUUUUCUCGUCCUUCCCCUGCAUCCAAACUGAGCGGUGUGGCUGUGCCGAACAGUGGUUCCCUGUGGCUUCCCCCACCGGCUCACGCUUCCCUUCCCGCUCGUCUGCAUUGCCCUUCCCUUCGCCGUAGGAGAAUUAAACAAAAAAAAACCCCGCACCAUUAUCGAUCUGCUAUUGCAGCGCUGUUGGGCUUUGUUAUCCACAUAUCCUGCCAUUUUAAACAGUGUUCUGUUUUUUUUUGUUUUUCUUUUUCUCUCUCUUUUUUUUUCUCUUUGGUGUGGUGGUUCUUUUGCGUGUGUGUUUCAAAAUAUUUGGAGAACGACGGAGCCAAGGGACUCAAAGCCCCCCCACCCCACCCCCAUGGGGCGGGAGGGAUCGUGGAGACGAAAGUUGACAGGCGAACGAGUGUGUGUACGAGAAAAUAGGCUAUGUAGCACCAGCGUGCUGCAGACAAAAGCCUUCAAGAUGGGCAUUGAAAAUCGGCACAAAUGCCGUGUGGGUUUCCAUUUGAAAAUUGCCUUUUCAGGUGGUUUCCAAAGAAUCCGACACCAGGGAUCUGAGCAGUUUCAUACCGUACGGGGGACUCCCUUCCGGAGAUUUUGCGACCACCAAGGGACGCGCUGAAAUAUGCUGGAAUGUUUGCGAGGAAAUUGGGGAAAGUGACGGGAAAGUGUUUGAAGGUCUGAAAAUGCUGGGAGUGUGCAGGAUGGGAACCGGAGUCCCUCUGGCUUUGAGUCUCAUGGGGAGACCCUCGCCCAUGUUCCGUCUUCCACACUGCAAACGACACUAAACAGAGUUGUAAAUAAAAGUUUUAAAGCGACCUUUGAUGAGAAGUCUAAGAAAGGGGGUAUUUCUGGGGAGGCGGGAGGGGGGGGCGGUGUUACAUUGGAAGGUGUUGGAGAGGAACUGUGUAAAAAUAAUUUUAAAAAAAAUAAUCUUAUUCUCUUUCCAACCAACCCAGAGUCAGGAUCCUCCUUCGGGGGUUCUUCCAAAGUAGCCCAUGGUUUGCAUCUUCCUACCGAGAAUUCUUACGCUCGUGAUUGUUUUAUAUAUAUAAAUAUUAUCUAUUAAAGAUUGCAUGGUUUCUAAUAAAAUAGCAUUUCAAACUGUUAACGAGGGUUUAUUAUUCAUUUUUGGGGAGCAUCCGAGCAAUCUGCUAAUUAAUUUAAAAAAAAACAACAAAACUCAAGUUCCCAGGAGAGAAAACGGAUGGGUAUAAUAGAAAUUUUGCAGAUUUUUGUCCCGAAGGAAAAGAACAGUUUAACCCUCGACUUUACGACCACAAAAGAGCCCGGAAUUUAUGUUGCUAAGCCAUAACAAUUGUUAAGUGAGUUUCAGCUCCGUAUACAACUUUUCCUGCUAAGUGAGAAUCACUACAGUUGUUAAAUUAGCAACCUGGUUAAUUAAAUGAAUCUGGCUUUCCCCUUAAUUCGGUCAUCAAAAUGGGGAUCACAGGACCCCAAGACAUUGCGGCCAUCAUAAAUAUGAACCAGUUGCCAAGCAUCUAAGAGUAAAUCACGGGACCGUGGGGAUGCUGCAGCGGUCAUAAGUGUGAAAAAUGGCCGUAAGUCGCUUUUUUGAGGCCGUUGUAACUGAACGGCCAGAAAAUGAACUAAGUCGAGGGCUUACCUGUCCUUUAUUUCCCAUUUAUACCCUCUCAUCCCCCUUCCCCUUCCUUUCCGUGCUGCCCAAAAGUAGGGCUGUUUGAAGGCCCCUUCUCCCUCCUUACCUAUCUUCUUUCCAAGGCAGGACGGAUUCUCCCUCCCACCCACCUUGGGCAUGUCCUAACUUCUUUUAUUGUGUAGUUUUCAGAAGGGGAGACUAUCACAACUUUCCCUCCACUAAUAUCAGGUGUGGUGGGCUUGGAAGUCAAUCAGAAUGGAGCUGGAAGGCACCUAGGAGAUCUUCUAGUCCACCCCACGUACUCAAGCAGGAGACCCUGACUUCCGGUUGACAUCGCGGUGAGAACGGCUGGAAAAUAGCGGAGCUGUGCCGGGCUCUGAAAUGCAGCACGGCAAAUGCUUGCUGGGAGACCCUAUGGGGUUAAGCCUCCUUGGAGGGGAGGUGAAGAAAGGAGAGUCGCUUCGUCGAUCGUGAGGAAAACGCAAUUUCCUCGCUGAUCCGAAGAAAGCUCUCCUGAACAGCAACAGGGACGGCGGCCAUUUUUGGUCAGUCAUAAGCUGGGACAACCGGGACACUAAGAUCUUGUGCUGGAGGCGGUGCGUGGAUGGAGCAGUGAAACUGGGUGAGAAAAUUUCCAAGUGUUACCUUAGAGACUUAAACUUCCAAAAAUCUCCAAACUCUAAAAAAAGCAUCAAUUAGAUUUAUGGAGAAAAAUUAAAGACUAAAAACUAAAGAGGAAGAUUAAAGAUUUAGAAGUAAAAGGAAAACCUAAAGGAUGAUUUAAAACGUAGAAAGCCUUGAAAAGCCAAACAACGAUGUGAAAGACUAUUGGGAGAAAUUGCUUUUCUAAACUUUUAUCUCUAACUCCCCCGACUGGAUGACAAUCAGCUGUUUCUGGUUUUUUUUAAAUAUUCUGUGGAAGUUGGAAUUGGUAGCAGGGAAACCAUCUACUGGAGAAAGAAUAUUACUGCAUUGUACAAAAUCCAAAAGGAAAUGAAGAGAAAGUAGAUAACAUCUGAAAAACUAUCUGACCUUGACUUUAUCUUAGUAGGCAAUUGGAAUGCUAGGAAAUAUUUACUGAGCUUCUUGAAGAUUCAGAAGGCAAAUUAAAUUAAACACUAUAACUACUGGAACAAUACACUGAAAAGCAGAUUUGAAAGAUUGGAAGAAACUUGGUGGACUGAGUUUGGGUUAUUAACAUUACGUGAUAGAUCAUUCUUACAAAGCAAAAGAAGAAAAAAUGACAGAAAGGGGAAGGGGGGAAAAAAGCAAAGAUAAAAGAUUUUAAAAUCUGGACAAAUUGAAAAUUGCAAAGUGAAAAGCAUAAAUUUAUAGACAUUUUGGAGACUUGGAGAAAUAACUGGGAUUGGUCAAAUCUUGGUGAUUGGUUGAUUUUUUGGAGUUUUUUGAUAUUGGGAUACUGGAAUAUUCGAGUGAUAUUAAUUUGUUACAAAAUGAUUCAGCAGGAGACAAUAAUGUUUUAUGAAGAAAUGUUAGAAAUAGUGACAAAGAACGAUAAGUUAAUGGGAAUAUGUAAAGAUAAAGAUGUGAAAAUAGAAGGCAUUCAAGGAAGUAGGGAAAGAUGAAUAUGAUAGACAGAAGACAGCUGAGAAAGGAGUGGUGGAGGGGACAAUGUAAAAUAAACUACAAAAAGAUAAGACUAAGUUAAAAACAGAUAAAAAUACUGAAAAGACAGCAAUGGCAAAUACUAAAAAUCAAAUAGAUAAUCCCUUAAGAGUUUUAUAAUAGAAUAGAGGGUGGGGGAAAAAACAGAGAAAGGAUGAUGGAUAUUCAGAAGAUGCUGCAGAAGGAGAUAAAGGAUAAGACACGGAAUAAUCAGCUUGUUUAAAAAUGUUAGACAUACAGGAUUCCAAGAGAGAAAUGUGGAAAAAAUUCGCCAAAAAAUAAAUGAUGAAAUUCUAGACAGGCUGAGAGAUGACGGAUAGAGAAACAAUAUUUUGUAAGGUAGUAAAACAAUAGAAAUACCGUAAGUAGAAAGUUUUAAUUGGGAAAAUAGUAGCACAGACAGAAACACACAUAUAUAUAAUAGAAUUUAUUACAAAUACAGGUGUAUUAAGAUUAGGAGAUGGAAGACUAGGACUAGGUAUGUUUAAAAGUAUCAUGAUUAACAGGAUGGGAAAAUAUAUAUAAUGGGAAAUAUGGCCUGUAACCGUGAUGGUGAACCUAUUUAUGCAUGGAACACAAAGAGCCCCAUUUUGGUCAUCGCGCAAUGCACACAGCCCCCCCCUCACCCCUCCGUGCCCCAUUUUUGGGCCUGGGAGGGUGGCUGUACCAACCUGGAAGCCGAAAUUGGGCGAGGGUGAGGGGCGGGGUGCAUGCGCAGGGAGGCGGGAGAUCCUGGAAAGGGGAGGGGGUUUGCAUGGGCUGGGGUGAGCGUGGGGUGAGGGGGUUUCGUGUACAUUGCAUUAUUGGUGUAGGAGCCCACACACAUGCAUAAAAGUGUGCUUUUUCGACAUGCGACAACAGAAAGCUCAGAUGUGACUGUUAGCCUGUAAGGACUAUAAAUCCAGGGAGGUUUAAACUUGGGGCUGAUUAGAUCUUACCGAUAAUUGGUUUUAUAGAAAGUUGACCUGGUUGGAAAUGGCGGAAGACUUGAGUGACAUCUUAUAAUAUCGAAACGUUAGAGGAGUUAAUAAGUAUAUAAGCGAAUAUAUUACAACUAUAACGAUCACAUUAAAGGUUAGAAGUUGGAAAAAAAACAAAAAAAAACUUUUUCUUUUUUGUAUAUGUAACUGUAUUAUUACUGUGAACACUUGUGUGAAAAAAAUAUGUUAACCCAGUUAAUUACAAUGUCCACGAAACGAAAUGUUGGUUGUUAAAACUGCGAAUGAAACUUAUACAAAAUAAAAGUAAUAAAAGCAGGAGACCCCUACAA